AGGUCGAGGCCCUGUUCCCCGUCUUCGACUUCUCUCGAGAGGGCAGGCUGAACUUCGACGAGGUGAACAUCCUCCUCCAGAGCGUCUCCCGUGGCCUGACAAAGGUCUGCGGCGGCAAGUCCGUCGCUGACGAGGAGCUCAUCGACGCCUGCAGGCGGUCGUUCGACGCGCACAACCUGAGAUACGACAAGCAGAUCACGCGGGAGCAGGCCAAGCGCUGGAUGCUGAACGACGUGGAGGUAAUGGCGUUCGUCAUGACCUUUCAUAAGGCCUGCAGGCUGCCUCAGGCACUGGAGGUGCUCGCGGACCAGCAGCGUGCACAGCUCGAGCUCUUCCUGCGCCUGGGCGGCGAGUCCGCCGCCGGCGCCUCGGUGCAUGAGGUCCUCCGUGGCGAGCCGCUGCGGCAGGCCAUCGGAGGCCUCUCCGACGACGACCUGCACAGCCUUGCCGUCGCGCUGGCCUCCGCCGGCGGCGCGGGCGGCGUGGGGCGCGAGCUCUUCGAGCGGGCGGCGCAGGCCUGGAACGCAUUCGGCCUGGUUGCCGACGAUUCAGGCGAGGUGGACGUGAAGGACCUGGGGUUGCUCCUCUGGCUCACCAGCGGCGCCGAGCCCGCCGCCGGCGUGGCCGAGCAGCGCCUGGACCAGAUGGGCCUGUGCGAAGGCGACCGCGUCAUCCGGAGCGCCUGGGUCGCCAAUUGCCUCCAGCAGCGGUGAGGGAGCCCUGCGGGGGGGUGGGAGCGCCAGCGUGCCGUUGUCACCCAGGGCUGCGGGGUGGGAAGGGAGGUCGCCCUAGCUCCCAGAGGUCGCCGGGUUGAGCUGGCCUCGGGCGUCGCGUAGUGGGGGACACGCCCGACUUCAUCCCCCCUCCAUUUAUCGUCCCCCAAAAAGCGACGCCCAAGAGAUGUUUAAGUUUUUGGAGGUCGCCGGGUUGGGCUGGCACGAGGACAGACCGUCUCGCCCCGCCUGGUUGCUGCCUGCUGGCUCGUCUCUGUCCUCUCCUUCUUCGGGGGGGGGGGAGGAGGCCGUCGGACUGUUCAGCCGUGCGAUAACACGUCGCAUUGCUGCCGGCAGGCGGAGCGCGCGCGCGAGAGGUUGGGCUAUUCGGCUCGACAUCGGCGAUUCCCU